ACGUCACUGGACUGUUGCCCUGGCUACACACGGAAGUUACCUCAUGCACCUGUUACACUUUCGAUCGGAAAAAGACAACAAAUUAACACAUUUUCACUGUACAACGAAACCUCGUGACACCUCGUUUUUACCUUGAGAUAUUUCUUUUAUGUUGAGUUUUUAAAUACCUCGCCAUUUUAGCCAUUAAUGGACAAAUUAAAGAAAGUUUUGAGUGGACAAGAUGGCAACGACGAUCUGAACGUACUCGAGGGAGCGAAUGAAGCGUCGACGCUGGGAUGGGGCACGCGCGCGAAGGGGUUCGUCGCGUGCUUUGUGGCGGGCGUCCUGUGUUCAUUAUUGGGGACGUGUCUGCUUUGGGUUCCUAAAAGUGGACUGACGCUUUUUGCGGUCUUCUACAGUCUGGGUAACAUUGCUACACUUUUAAGCACAAUGUUCUUAAUGGGUCCAUUAAAGCAAGUGAAGAGAAUGUGUGACAAGACCAGAGCUCUGGCAACUGCCAUAAUGAUUACAUCCUUGAUUCUGACCCUCUGUGCUGCAUUUUGGUGGAAGAACAAAGGUCUUGCUCUGCUGUUCUGUAUCCUACAAUUUUUGGCUUUUACAUGGUAUAGCUUGUCCUACAUUCCAUUCGCAAGGGAUGGAAUUAUUAAGUUGUUUUCAGUGUGCUUGAAGUGAGAUGCUCUGCGUUUGGCCUUCUCUGUAUCCAUCUGUGCCGCUUCGGCUCCAACACUGCAUUUAAUGCAGCUCACGUACUCUCGAACCUGGCUGGCACAUACUGCACGUGCUGCCCUGCCUCUCCAUCAGCACACCAACACUCUCAAUCUGUGUGAACCAACACACUCACAAACAAACACCUGUGCCUUACUCUCCUGUAGAAAACUAUGAAGGACGGGACAUUAGGUAAUGGUGGAGGUUAGAUCUUUGCCCCGUAGCUAUAGACACACAGUUAUGCAAAUUGUGUACUGCUGUAUAAUUGUGUGUUGACUCCUUGUGCCUUUCUUUCUAGCUUCAUCCAGAGAUCUCUUGAGAUUGGGGGUUUAGCAGUGAAAUAUAAUGAUUAUUUAUUUACUCAAUGUUUAGUAUAUAAUUGUGGUCCAUUUGUAUUUUAGUUUUAAAUUAGUAUUCUUAAAUUUAGUGAGAAAUUACAUUUAGCCGAUGCUUUUAUCCAAAGCGAUUUACGAAUGAGGUAAACAAGCAAUUGGAACAACACAAGGACAACAAAAGUACCUAUUACACAACCAUUUCUGUUAUCCUGAUACUUGUGUAAUGCUUCUGGCUGAUAUGUCAAGUCUGAUAUGAAAAGCUCAAUAGGGUGCGGUAGUAUAUUUCAAAGGUUAUUUUUUAUUCCUAAAGCUUUCAGAUACUUUUGUGUUAACUGUUUAAAUCCAUGUUGCUUUAUUUUAUAUCAUCUUAAAUCCUGAUAUUUUCAAAAAUAAUGAAUGCAUGGUCAAACAUUUCCAUAUUAACUGGAUUGAAUUCUCUCAGUGAUUUUACUAAAGAGACUUACAUACUGUUAUGAAGAUGGAUAUAUUAUAUACGAUGUAUAUGGCAAUCAUAUAAUAAACUAGUUUUACUAUUUAAAA